AUGUAAAAGGUAAUCGCUUAUUUUCACAUGUGGAUCAUCGCCUAUUCAAAAUCAAUAUCUAUAAAUCGUUAUCAGCAGGCAUUUCAGUCAAGUAUCUCAUUCUCUAAAAUUAUCUAUUGUAUGUAUAAUCGCCUAUACUAUUAUAUGUCUUCAUCUCUAACAGUAUUCCUCCAUUACCUAAUUAUAAAAUCACAAGUUCUACCAUUCUCGCCAAAAAUAAAGCCUUUUACUACUCCAUCCACAACUAGCUUGUUAACAAAACAACCUCCAAGAACACCUACAAUGUAAGGCAGAGACUUCUUUAAUGUCUUGAAUGUGUAAUUCAAUUUCACCAUAUCCAAAGAAGUAAAUGUUUGUAAUCAUUGUGGAGUCAUUGUUCGUGGAUUAGGCCAAAAUUUGGAUCUACAACAUUUGGAAUUUUGA